CAAAAAGUGUAAACAAGGAUUUGAAAAUAGAGGGAAUUAAUUGGGAAAUGGUGAAGAAUUGGUUGAAGUGAGAAGGUGAAGAAAAGGACCUAUCUUACCCACUACCAUCUGCCUUCCACAUUCAUCACCAAAUCCUUUUAAUCUCCCUCUCUAUAAAUUGUUAUUUGUGGACCUAUCAAUCCUUCAAUUUCAACUACCAUAGAUUUGUUCUUUGCACAAAUUAUUCCCAUAUCAAUAAUAUUAUUUAAAUUUCUUUUACAUAAAAGAUAUAUAGAGAUUCUUCAGAUUUGGGUCUUUGCAUCUAGACUUAUUGUAUCUUUUUCUUUUAAUUUUGUCUCCCUUUUUUGUUGCCAUUUUUGUUAAUCCCAUUUUCCAGGUGUCACAAAACCUUGUAUCAGAUUUUGGUGCCCCACAUUUCUUUGCCUUCCUUGUUCAUCUCUCUCAUUGAAUGACAGCUGUUAAGUUUGUUUUGUUCCUUUUUGUUGUCGGAAGCCAAUAAAUGCAUAAAAGCAUUUCUUAAUCAAUUUUUCAAUCUCUUUUUUAUGAUACACAUAGGUUUGAAAAAUAAUUUCGCGGCCAUAAUUUGUGGCUGCGAAAUUAAGUAUUUUAAAUUUAUUACAUUAUUAGUUACAUUUGACUGCAAUUUGUAUGAAAUAUCAAGGAUCACAAUUUGAUAACAACUGCAACCAAAUUUUUAAAUUUGUCUAAUAGUAAUUCAAGUCAAAGCAAUUUCCACCCCAAUUCGUCGGUGUGUUUGUGUAUCUUAUUUAUUCCGUCCAAACAUAUGUGAAGAGACCCACCAUUGGGUUUUUUGGUGGGCUAUCUUUGAACCAAUUAAUAAAAAAAAAAAAGCCCUCCAUUCUUUAAAAAGGUGUUUGUUUGAAAUUGAAGAUUCCAAAUUUGUUCAAUAGUUUUGGUUAUGUAGUAAGGUUUCAUUUUGCUUUUGAUUAUUAUUAUCUUAAAUAACAAAUAAAGUGAUUGCCUUUCCUUUCCAAAUUAGGCUUCUCCACUAACUAGAGACUCUUAUCUCAUAUGCCAAAUUCAAGUUUGACCCGUAAAUCAUUUCCUAUAUUCUAAUAAUGUUACUUCUUUACUUCAUAAUCAUAACUUGCAUCUCCUUUUUCUUGUUUAUAAACACUAUUUUUCUCAAACCACUUCCAUCAUGGACUAGUGCAACUGAUAAGAAGUUGCUUCCCUUUUUGUUCUGCCAAGAAACAUUCUCAAAGGUUUUAAGAAAUCACCACUUUUUGAUUGGUUUACUUUGUCAAAUUCAUACAAAGAUGUCUCUGAUGAAAAAGAGUUUGAAUUCAAGAAUAGAGAAUGUUGAAGAGACUCAUCAUGAGUUGUCAUUGUUGGACUUGCCUGAACUGACCUUAGAAUGCAUACUUGAAAAGCUACCUCCUUCUUCACUUAUUCAAAUGGCUGGUGUUUGCCAUUCUUUGAGGGAGAGGUGUGUGAGUGAUCAUUUUUGGGAGAAACACAUGAAGAAGAAAUGGGGUGGAGUUAUUGGUCAAGCUGCAUAUAAGGAAUGGAAAUGGCAUCUUGCUUCAAAAAGGGAUGUUAAAGGUCUUCAUAAACAUGGCAGGCAAAGAGGCUUCUUGAUGAAAACUUUAUCUCUUGUUUGGCCUUUUCAAUGGAUGAAAUUGAAGGUUGAUGAUGCAAAUGAUAGCAACAAGCAGAAGAAUUCUUUGCCUGUUGAUUCUCUUAUGAAUUGGUAUCUUGCUAUUGAGACUGGCACAUUCUGGUUCCCUGCUCAAGUUUAUAACCGCGAGAAUGGUCAUGUUGGAUUCAUGUUAUCUUGCUAUGAUGCUGAAAUUAGCUAUGAUUCGCGAGUCGAUACCUUUCUAGCCAGGUAUCCUCCACAUGGAAGAAGAGCAGAUGCUAGAGAAUGUGGCAUUCCAUGGGAAAGACUAAGAGCACCUCCUGUUGAUACCUCUCCACAUGAUCUUCAUAUCUCUGACUGUUUAAAUGAUUUGCAUCCUGGUGAUCACAUAGAGAUUCAAUGGAGGAGAAACAAAGAAUUUCCUUAUGGAUGGUGGUAUGGUGUUGUAGGUCACUUGGAGUCAUGUAAUGGAAAUGAAAAUCAUUGCCGCUGUCAUAUUAGUGACACAGUGGUGCUAGAGUUCAAUCACUACACUCCUGGUUCAAGAUGGAGACAAACUAAUAUCAAUAGGAAAGAUCAUAGGGAAGAAGGAAAUGAGGCUGAUGGAUUUUAUGGUGGAUUAAGAAAGAUUACGAGUGAGAAUGAAAUUUCAAUUUGGAAACGAAUGUGGCCAUCUGAAGUUUUGGAUUAGUAUAUCUGGUCAAAUUCUACACUAAGUAUAACUUUGUUUCCUCAGCUGAAGCAUGGUCAGAUUCUGUUUUACACAAGGAAAUAUACAAAUGGAAGGGAAUUCUCAUGUAUUUAGGCCAGUCUGAUUUUCUUUUCCACACUUUGGUUAUCACUUGACAAAAUUUAUGGGUACUCUUGUGGUUUUCAUCAAUGUAAAUUACUUUACUCCUCAUUUACACACACAAGAUGUACAAUAUUUGUUGAACUAUUUAUAGAAAUCUAGAUGAUAUACCAAGAUGGGUUAUUCUCAAACAAAUGGUUAAGGAUUCAAACCUGACUUGUGUAUGUUUGGUUGA